AAAUUAUCUAUAUUUUGAAAGAAGUUAAACCUCAGUACUCAUUUUGUGAUUCAAUUAACAAAAGAACAAUGAUGGAUAGAAGACCAUCAGGAUUUUCAAAACCACCAGUUAUUGGUUCACGUUCUAUAUUAAUUGCUAUUGAUGGUUCAGAACAUUCAAAAAAAGCAUUUGAUUAUUAUUUGAAAUGGUUACAAAGACCAGAUGAUUCUGUGACAAUCUAUCAUGCUGUUGAACCUGUAUCAUUACCAACAAUAUCAUUAUCUAAUCCAAUUAGUAUACCAAGUGAUGAAUGGUCAAAUAUUGUACAAACUAAUGUAAAACGUGUACGUCAAUUAGAAAAUGAUUAUAGUGCAGAUUGUUUAGCACAUAAUUUAACUUAUCAAUUUCUAUAUGAAUCAGUUGAUCAUAUUGGUGCAUCUAUUAUAGAAAAAGCUGAAAAAUAUAAUGCAUGUUUAAUUAUAAUUGGUAGUCGUGGAUUAGGUGCUAUUAAACGUACAAUUAUGGGUAGUGUUAGUGAUUAUGUUGUACAUCAUGCUAAUACAACUAUAUGUGUUGUACCAUGGAUUGAUGAAACUACACAAAGUAAAUCAUGAAAUUAAACAUACUAUCAUCAUGUAAACGGUGUAUGUGCGUGUGUGUGUGUAUAUGAUUUCAGAAAUUCCAAAAAAGGUUGGUUAUAUCUUGUGUAACUCAUCGUACUUUUAUUUAAAACUUAGUUACUUUCAUUUUUUUUUAGUUUCUAUGUCCUUUAUAUUUGGGAGAGACAGAGAGAGUGGGGGAGGGGGUGGAAGAAAGAAUGGAGUGUGUUCAAUGGAAACCAUUUUUUCUUCAAUAUUUGUUACUUUGUACUCAUUUCAUUGUUAUCAUCAAUAUAAGUAAACAUAAUUAUUAAAAAGUCAUUAA